AUUAUUUUUUUUCCCCGCCUUCUCACUGAAUGUACUCUGCUCCGGUCGUCGUUUACUCAGAGCUCCGUUCGGUGGAUAAACCCACUCGGCAUUCGACAUCGAUCCGACAUGUCGGGUAUUCAGAAAUAUUGAUGAUGGACAUCGACUCGAAAGUGGCCGGAGUUGAUGAACAUUCCUCGGCUCUAUCGCUCCCAGUUCGACGCCCUCGUGCGGCUGACCCGCCAGAAGGACCUUCGGGACGGUGGAGUCCUCCACGCUCGCAUCCUAAAAUCGGGCUCCGCCGCCUGCACGCCCAUUGCCAACGGCCUCAUCAACCUCUACGCCAAGUGCGGCCGCCUCAAGAAAGCCCACCUCGUCUUCGAUGCAUUGCCCCAGAGGGACCUCGUCUCUUGGAACUGCCUCAUUAAUGGCUACUCCCAGUUGGAGGUUGGUGGGGCCCACAGCGCCAUGGGUCUCUUCCGCCGCAUGAGGGCGGAGAACGAGCUGCCCAAUGCCCACACCUUCGCAGGGGUCUUGACCGCCUCCUCGAACUCCGCCGAUCCCUUCUGCGGUCGGCAGGCCCACGCGUUGGCCAUCAAGACGGCGAGCUUCCAUGACAUCUUUGUCGGGAGCUCGCUCCUGAACAUGUACUGCAAGGCAGGACUCGUCGUGGACGCUCGGAAGGCGUUUGACAGAAUGCCUGAGAGAAACUCUGUUUCCUGGGCCACCAUGAUUUCUGGGUACGCCUCGCAGCACCUUGCAGCUGAGGCUUUAGAGCUGUUUGGCUCGAUGCGUAGGGAAGAGGAGGAGGCCCAGAACGAGUUCGUGUUUACCAGUGUUCUUAGCUCAUUUGCAGCUCCUGGAUUGAUCAACACGGGGAAGCAAAUCCACUGCCUCGUCACUAAGAAGGGGCUUUUAUCUUUUGUGUCCGUUUGGAACGCUCUCGUCACGAUGUACUCAAAGUGUGGCAGCCUUGAGGAUUCGCUCCGUGUGUUUGAGUUCUCAAGCGUGAAGAAUUCAAUCACGUGGUCGGCUAUGGUGACUGGUUUUGCACAGAGUGGUGAGUCCCGCAAGUCCCUCAAGCUGUUCUCCAAGAUGCAUCUUUCCGGGAUUGAACCCACUGAAUUCACUCUCGUUGGGGUCAUCAACGCCUGCAGUGAUAUCAGCGCCAUUAGGGAAGGGCAACAGUUGCAUGGUUACGCCUUAAAACUGGGGUUGGAGCCCCAAAUUUUCGUCAUCACAGCUCUUGUUGACAUGUAUGCGAAAUGUGGUAGCAUCAGUGAGGCUCGCAAGGGGUUUGAGCACCUACGGGAGCCAGAUAUGGUUCUGUGGACUUCGAUGAUUGGCGGGUAUGUACAGAAUGGGGAGAAUGAGGAUGCUUUGUACUUGUAUUGCCAAAUGCAGAUGGAAGGGAUUUUACCAAAUGAGCUAACAAUGGUGAGCGUGCUAAAAGCCUGUUCUAGUCUCGCCGCUCUGGAGCAAGGGAAGCAGAUCCACGCAUCUAUCGUCAAGCACGGUUUUGGCCUUGAAGUUCCGAUCGGGAGUGCCCUCUCAACUAUGUAUGCAAAGUGUGGGGACCUUGAGGAUGGGACCGAGGUGUUUAAGAGGAUGUCCGGGCGGGAUGUGGUCUCGUGGAAUGCAAUGAUGUCUGGGCUAGCCCAGAAUGGGCUUGGAGACAGAUCCCUGGAUCUCUUUGACGAGAUGGUUCAAGAAAGCACGAGGCCUGAUGGGGUGACCUUCGUGAACAUCCUCUCUGCUUGUAGCCACAUGGGUCUUGUCGACAGAGGUCGGGAUUACUUCAACAUGAUGUCUGAGAAGUUCGGCCUAACCCCAGGAGUUGAGCACUACGCUUGUAUGGUCGACCUCUUGAGCCGUGCAGGGAGACUCGAUGAAGCCAAGGACUUCAUCGAAUCAGCAAAGGUUGAUCACGGGCUCUGCCUGUGGCGGAUCUUGCUUGGUGCCUGUAAGAACCACCGGAACUACGAACUCGGAGUCUAUGCCGGGGAGAAGUUGAUGGAGCUCGGGUCACAGGAGUCAUCUGCUUAUGUGCUGCUGUCUAGUAUAUAUGUUGCAUUGGGCAGACGGGAGGAUGUUGAGAGGGUCCGCAGCUUGAUGAGAGCUCGAGGUGCCGGUAAGGAACCGGGGUGCAGCUGGAUCGACCUGAAGAGCGGGGUUCAUGUGUUUGUUGUUGGGGAUGAAGUGCAUCCACAAAUUCAAGAAAUUCGGUCGGAGCUGAGGAUUCUGAGCAAGCAAAUGGAGGAUGAAGGCUACAAGUCUGUGAUCUCCGAUAGCUCAGAUGAUGAAGACUUGGUGGACGAGUUCAUUCUUUAUUAAGUUAGCCAAUUCUUUGUAGCUGCAGAUGAGUCACUCAAAAUGCAAUCUUCGUGUAAUCAAUCGCAUUAAUCGAAGCUUACGAGUCCCGCGGGACUUAGACAAUUGACAUUGCGGAUAUGUCUAUGGAUGGUCGGUCCAUUAUAUUU